AUGAACACCGGCUACGGAAUGCCUUCGCGGCGUCGACUGCGCGGCCCACUUCACCCACGCAAUCGACCACCACCUUCAUCGUUCGAUGAGCCCGCAUCUUCGCCGCAAUCAGCACCACAGACUGGAUUCGACGCGGCCAGCAUGCCGCCGCCUUCAUCUACACCAUCCAGCAAGAAGCGCGAAUGGACCUCUACCAUCGGCCGGGGUGGUCUCGGAUCGCUGCCAUGGGAGCAGAUGGGCCCCUCUUCGUCGGGCCCGUCCACCUCGAGCGCCGAGUUCAGCUUUCAGUCCGGUAUGGCCAUGCCGCAGAGCACAUCCACGACUUCGAUGGCAUCCAUGGCAUCCAUGCCCUCCUCAAGUAGCGCCAGCUCGUUUGCCAGCUUCCGACAGCAGCCCACACCCAUGUCCGCUAGCCCUUCGAGCUUCCGCACCGCCGCCGACGCAGACGAGUCUGGCUACGCUGCGAGAAGCACGAUCUUCUCGCGCGGCAACCAGUCGGCGCAAGCAGCGCUGCGCGAAACAUCGCAGGCGCUCCACGAGUCGACAUAUGCGACAGCCGACGAGCAACCUCGCAAGCGCCGGCGUGGCCUCGCAGGUACCAUCGUCGAUACUGCGCUCAAUGCAGCGCUCUACACGGGCGCUGCUGCGCUCACCGCCUACUCGCUAUGGUCGUCGUGGGGCCAUGCGGGAGAUGCAGAGCAGCAGCAGCACCAUCCCGAUGCGGGGCCACAGGCGGACAUGGGCGAUGUGAUUUCGCAAAACGAACGUACGAACACAUUCAGCGGCAAGGAAUCCAGAAUGCCGCCAGGCGGACUCGAGGAGCCACCGCCGCCCUACUACGAGGACCACUCGACGCCUUCGAGGCAAGAAGCGGCGCCGACCACGCCGCAGUCCAACUCGGUCCGCACCCGCAAGGUGUUUGUCUCGUCGCAGCGCAACCGACGCCGACCGACGUUCCAAGGAUCCAAGACGCACCGCCAGAGCACGCCACGCAAAGCACUGCCCGACGCCUUCCGUGCCUCACAGACCGCUAACUCGCCGGGUAUGAGCGCGAGUGGAAGUCAGGACCUUGCACCGGCACAAAUGGAGGACGACGACGAUGAUGAUGACGACGACGACGACGACGAAAUGCUGUCGCGCUUUGAAGCCAAGAUGAAUGCGCUCAUCGCCGAGGGCCAGGCUGCGCUCAACUCCACGCCUGUGCUGCAAGAGUCGGAUCUGCGAGACAUCGAUACACCGUCGCCGUCUCUGGGCCUGGGCACGCACUCGCGCUCCUCGACGCCGCUUUUCGGCCAGCGAUCGCAGUUGCCCGGAUCGCCAUUCGCGUCCCUGCAACCAGACGCAGGGGUGGCACGCUCCAGCUCGCACCCGGACGACCUUGUGCCCAGUGGCGCGCUGCCCGAGCCCGUCAAGCGCACGUUUGGCACCAGUCUGCGCCACUCGCGCUCGGCGUUUGACUUUCAGUUCGACAACCGUGCUGCAGCCGACACGGGUGCUGGAGCUGCACGCUCGCCGUUUGUGUUUGGACGUGCCGAGCUCAACGAGAGCGCAACACCGAGUCCGGCGGCGAGGCAGGCACGACGCACCGAUCUAGGCACGCCCACUAGCCCGUACAGCCGCAUCCCGCGUUCCACCUCGACGCUCAACGCGCGCAAGUCGACCCCACACCACCGCUGA